UAGCGCGGCGCGUCCCCGCGAUGCGCGCGUGUUGGGCACAAGAAGAGUCAAGGCGAACGCGUCAAAACGCACCAGGACUUGGAGGAGGAGCGCUUCCCUGCAAGAAAUCAAGAAAAUAACUGAAGAAAUAAGGAGGAAAUUCCCCCGAGGAUGAUGGGAGACGAUUCGCAGGAAGGUCAAUCCCUAAACACAUAAUCUAGACUGACGCGGAUAUUUUGGAGUACACAAAAGCGGAGACGGUCAGAGAAUGGACGGAUUCACACCGGGACCAAAAAGCAGCACUGGGUAGAAGAUCUCAGGAGUGGAGAGAGGACGGUGAGUGAGGACCCGGCUGCAGAGAGGACCAGUGUUUCUGUGGCAGUUUCUCGUCGUUUAUAAGCUGGUGGGCCCCGGUAUCACAGCUGAUGACUGUCCCUCUGGAAGCUGGAGAACAGGGCUUAGCGGCAAGCCUGUGUGUUCGCUGAAGGGCACGCCCCAGCUUGUAUGUUGGUCACCUGCAAUUGUUUUUGCUCAAAGGGAUCAUGUGGUUUUUCCCGAGGAGAAAUCGUUUCCCCUUGCAGAACUGGCACGUCCACAAAUGCGCCAAUUUGGGUGUGUCUCUGUGGGUUUUAAGCUUCACCUGGUGCUUCAUGGCUGUGAGAGCUCAGAACUACCACCCCACUGUGAACACACAGUAUGGAAAACUCAGAGGAGUAAGGGUACCCCUGCCUAGUGAGAUUCUGGGGCCGGUCGACCAGUACCUAGGAGUCCCAUAUGCGGCUCCCCCAGUGGGAGAGAAACGCUUCAUGCCCCCGGAGUCUCCUUCUUCCUGGUCUGGGACCAAGAACGCCACUCACUUUGCUCCCGUCUGCCCUCAAAAUAUUCACAACGCUGUGCCAGAGAUCAUGAUGCCCAUAUGGUUCACCUUUAACCUGGAUAUAGUUACCACAUACAUACAGGAUCAACACGAAGACUGUCUUUAUCUAAACAUCUACGUACCAACCGAGGAUGUCAAAAGAAUAUCCAAGGAAUGUGCGAGGAAACCCAACAAGAAAAUAUGUAGAAAAGGAGGGGCCCAUGCCAAAAAACACGGCGAGGAUUUAUCGGAGAAUGACGGUGAUGAAGAUGAAGACAUACGAGACACCGGGCCCAAGCCUGUGAUGGUCUACAUCCACGGAGGGUCCUACAUGGAGGGGACAGGAAACAUGAUCGACGGAAGUGUCCUGGCCAGCUACGGGAACGUCAUCGUCAUCACGCUCAACUAUCGAGUCGGAGUACUCGGCUUCCUCAGUACAGGGGACCAGGCUGCUAAAGGGAACUAUGGGCUCUUGGACCAGAUCCAGGCCUUAAGGUGGAUUAGCGAGAACAUUGGUUUCUUCGGAGGAGAUUCCAACCGCAUCACGGUGUUCGGUUCUGGGAUCGGGGCUUCCUGUGUUAGCCUGCUCACCCUCUCCCACCACUCUGAAGGUCUGUUCCACAGAGCCAUCAUUCAGAGUGGGUCGGCCCUCUCCAGCUGGGCCGUCAACUACCAGCCAGUCAAGUAUACACGUCUCCUGGCUGAGAAGGUGGGCUGUAACGUCCUCGACACGUCGGACAUGGUGGACUGUCUCAGGAAGAAGAGCUCCAGGGAGCUAGUGGAGCAGGACAUACAGCCUGCAAGGUACCAUGUGGCCUUUGGACCUGUAAUCGAUGGAGAUGUCAUUCCUGAUGACCCUGAGAUUCUGAUGGAGCAAGGCGAGUUCCUCAACUAUGACAUCAUGCUUGGGGUCAACCAGGGUGAGGGGCUGCGGUUUGUGGAGAACGUGGUGGAUUCGGAGGAUGGCGUGUCCGGGAACGACUUUGAUUUCUCUGUGUCUGAUUUUGUGGACAGCCUGUACGGAUACCCGGAGGGGAAGGACACGCUUAGGGAGACCAUUAAGUUCAUGUACACAGACUGGGCAGACCGGGACAAUCCCGAGACCAGACGGAAGACACUGGUUGCUCUGUUCACCGACCACCAGUGGGUUGAGCCGUCAGUGGUGACAGCUGACCUCCAUGCCCGCUACGGCUCACCCACCUACUUCUACGCCUUCUACCACCACUGCCAGAGCCUCAUGAAGGCCGCCUGGUCGGACGCGGCUCAUGGGGAUGAGGUGCCCUACGUGUUUGGAAUUCCUAUGAUUGGUCCCACUGACCUUUUCCCGUGCAAUUUCUCCAAAAAUGACGUCAUGCUCAGCGCUGUGGUCAUGACCUACUGGACAAACUUUGCCAAAACUGGGGAUCCCAACAAACCAGUUCCCCAAGACACCAAGUUUAUCCACACCAAGGCCAACCGCUUUGAAGAGGUGGCCUGGUCCAAGUACAACCCCCAGGAGCAGCUGUACCUGCACAUCGGCCUGAAGCCGCGGGUGCGUGACCACUACCGGGCCACCAAAGUGGCCUUCUGGAAACACUUAGUGCCCCACCUGUACAACCUCCACGACAUGUUUCACUACACUUCCACCACCACCAAAGUGCCACCGCCAGAGACCACGCAGAACAGCCUGUCCACCAAGAGGCCCAACGGGAAGAGUUGGCCGUUCAACACAAAACGUCCACCCAUGUCGCCGGCCUACAACAACGAGGACAACGAGUCUUGGAGCGAGGAUGAGGAGUCGGGGCCGCUGCUGGUGGAGAACCCGCGGGAUUAUUCCACCGAGCUCAGCGUCACCAUCGCAGUGGGAGCCUCGCUGCUGUUUCUCAACGUCCUGGCUUUUGCGGCUCUCUACUACCGUAAAGAUAAGCGGCGGCAAGACUCCGGCCACGGGCAGCCCAGCCCGCAGCGGCAGACCACCUCCAACGACAUUGGCCACCAUGCGCCUGAGGAGGAGAUCAUGUCCCUGCAGAUGAACCAGACACACCACGAGUGUGAAGCGUCAAACAGCAACGAGGGCGCGCUCCGCCUGGCCUCGUUACCCGACUACACGCUCACUCUGCGCCGCUCCCCAGACGACAUCCCCCUCAUGACCCCCAACACCAUCACCAUGAUCCCCAACUCCCUGGUGGGCAUGCCCAACCUUCACCCGUACAACACCUUCACGACUGGCUUCAACUCUACUGGCCUGCCGCACUCCCACUCCACCACCCGCGUAUAGCUUUAAGGAGACCAGGGGGCAAAGGGAGGAGGAGGCGGCGGCGGCGGAGAAGGAGGAUGACGACGAACGCAUGGUAGGAGAGGAUUGUGUUUUAUAAAUAUCACAUGCAAACGGGUGGAGGGGGCAGAGGAGACGAAGGGAAGGGGUGAGAUUAAAACGUGCAGAGAUUCAACCAGACUUUUACUACGAGGAGAGUCGCUUAGAGCUCUCUGUGGAUGUCACGAUGUGCAGAGCUGCCAAAAUCAAACAGUUUCCUUUCUCCUGACAAGAGAAGGUGGUCUUUCUGCAGUGGUUUUUUUUUCCUUUUUCUAAAAUAAUCAUUUUAAAAGCCUUUUUAAACAGACUGAGGAAAUACCAACACCUUUUUUCUUGAAUUCAUAAUAAAACAAACAAAAAAAGAAGUGCUUUUUAUGAUUUCCCAUCCCGUCCUCCUGCGGGAGACACAUCCAGAACAAUGGCCUCUGCGUCGAUUUUCGCAAAAUGUUUUUAAUUGCUUCAAUGUUUUGUUUUGCGUUUCUAUGCCUUACUGAGCUUUUUUCUUUCUACAUUUCUUUUUGGUCAUUAUUUCUGCUCCCUGAUGCAGUUCUGUGUGGAGUGUGUUACAAGCAGAUAAGACUCAGAUGAGAGACUGAAUCCAGGACGGGAAUCUAGAGGACACGCAGAUGGAGAGAUUCUAAAACACUUUUUGGGGGGAAUUUAUUAUAUAUAUAUUUUUUGGUUGUAUUCUUUUGUUUACUUCUUUUUGUUGCGUACCAACACAACAGCCACACAGAUGAUGUUAUCUUUUUCACCUGCGUAGAUGAUUUGUGUGGGACAGCUCUUGUCGUGAGAUGAGAAGGCAGAGAUGAACACUAUGUUACUGUGAUUGUUUUAAGGGGAAAAAAGUGCAUCUUUUACAGCCAAUUUUAUCCGUUAAGCUAGCUGAUAGUAUCGCCACAAAGUGUGCACGCACACACGCUGCUACGAGCAACCGUGUGUCGGUGUGAAAAGGUUUUCUGAUGUGCUGCGUGUGAGCGUGGACCGGGUGAGAUUCAAAUGAUGGUGUGUAUGAGGGUGUGUGUGUGUGUGUGUGUGUGUGUGUGUGUGUGUGUGUGUGUGUGUGUGUGCACUAGUUUCGUUUUGUUUGUUUUACAUUUUGUUGUUAUAUAUUGGGGACAUUGUUUGUGCGGGGUGGGGGGUGAGUCCUUUGUCACGAUGCUGAUCCAACACCAGUCGUGUUUCUGCUGCGUCUCUGGGUGUCUGUCCUUUGCAACAUAGCACUUUUUGUUACUUUACAGGUUCUAUGUGUCUACUUUGUUUUGCUUAAAAUACAAAAUAAAUAUAUUAUUUUACGUGUAAGAGAGAGAAAGAGAAAUCUAGCUAAAGAUUCAACUGAACUAACUGACAUGAUUCCAUUGACUUUGGGAGAGUUUCCUCUUCAAACAGUGGCCUGUUUGCACUGACUAAACCUGCAUCGGUGCACACUUGUAUUUCUUUAAAUAUAUAUAUAUAUAUAAAUAUGGGUAUACAUACAUAUAUGUAUAGGGCUUCUAUGGAGAUAUCAAUGCCACAGAAACACAAAAUCAGGCACCAUUCAGAACAAAAAUGCCAAUAUUUCCCCACGUUUUGCUGAUCUUUGAGACAAGCCAAGAACACCUGCAGUGUCUUUGUACGAGCUCUAUAUGUGUAUUUAUGUAUAAAAUAUUUAAUAUUUAUUUAUGUAUACCAGAUGCAUACAUGCUGAUUGUGCCAUGUGCCAAAUUAAAACUGUAAAAAAAAUGGAGAAUAUAAAGUUUCACUAAACUUUU